AUGGCUUCGCUUCCCGCUCUAUCUCCGCGUUUCGCUCUACCUCCGCGCCAGUUCCCUUCAUCGGGUUUUGUGAGUCUGGAUUACUCAGAGAAAAUAGAAGAGGAGGAGCUACCUCUUUACAUUGCAGAGAAUUAUUACCCAGUGUAUAUCGGCGAAGUCUUCGCAUCCAGGUAUCAGGUUGUUUCAAAGCUGGGAUAUGGUACAUCCUCCACUGCCUGGCUUUGCCGAGAUCUCCAAGAGCACGGUAUCUACACGGUCAAAGUAUGUGUUCGGGGACAAAGGUCGAAUCAUGAAAUUAUUGUUUCCGAUCAUUUGAGCACAGCCGGCGAUCAUCCUGGGAAAAAGCUUGUUAGGCUAAUCCUGCAUUCGUUCGAGAUUGUUGGCCCUCAUGGGAAACACACGUGUUUUGUUUAUCAGCCUCUCGGGAUGACCUUUACUGAAUUCCAGAAUUUGCUUCCCGAAAAGAAAUUCCCAAAAGAUCUUGUUCAGAGGAGUCUACAAUUGCUUCUAAUAGCGUUGGCCUUCAUGCAUGAAAAUAAUGUCAUACAUACUGACAUUUCAUCUAACAACGUCCUCCAAGGAUUUGAGGACAGUUCUGUUCUUUCUAGAAUUGAAGACGACGAGAUGGACCGGCCAAUUGCACGAAAGGUCCUAGCAGAUCGCAGUGUCUACUACUCGCGGCCGAUACCCUUUAGCACAGGGCUUCCCGUCCUUUCUGAUCUCGGCGAGGCUAGAAUAGGGAAACAUAAGCACAAGGGAGAUAUCAUGCCUGGUAUUUAUAGGGCUCCAGAAGUGAUAUUAGGCAUGGAAUGGGACUGCAAGGUCGAUAUUUGGUCGAUCGGCGUCAUGGCUUGGGAUUUGCUGGAAGGCAGCCACUUAUUCUUUGCAAAGAGAAACCACAUCCUAAAUGACGAACAGCACCUAGCAGAGAUGGUAUCACUCAUGGGACCUCCGCCUCUAGAGUUUCUCAAAAGGAGUGAACAGUGUCUCCGAUACUGGGAUGAACAAGGUAAUUGGAAAGGCACAAUAGCUAUACCCGAACAGUCACUGGAAACAAGAGAAGGGCAGCUCUCCGGCGAAGAUAAAAAGCUGUUUUUAGCAUUCUUGAGGAGAAUAUUGCGCUGGAUACCUAAUGAACGACCGACUGCGGAGGAACUUGCAUAUGAUGACUUUUUGAUGCAGCCAGUACUAGCAGCGAGGGGGCUUUCUUGA